UCUCGGUGCGCCUGCGCAGGGACGGUUAGCGGAAGCCGGGCGGCGCGGCGCUGAAUAUCGCGCGCGCGCGGGGUCCGCGCGGGGGCCUCCCGUUGAUGAGGCUGCAGAAGUGCUGAAUCAGUACCUGGAACCAGUAAUGGGCUGGAUGAGAGCCAGGAGAUUAAAGUUUCAUUUCAACACAUUGAAGAUUCUAUAGGCUGAUUUUUCCCUUUCAGUGUGGGACAAGCUGUCAUCAGAUUAUGUAAAAUGGGACUACGAAUUCAUUUUGUUGUUGACCCUCAGGGCUGGUUCUGUAUGGGCCUGAUAAUCUUUGUUUGGCUUUACAAUACUCUCUUCAUUCCAAAAAUUAUCCUCUUUCCACAUUAUGAAGAAGGGCACAUAUCUGCAGCUGCCAUACUAUGCUAUUAUCUAUUUUCAUUGUUCUGUAUUGCCUCGUUGUUAAGAGCAUCGGUAGCAGAUCCAGGGAGAUUACCUGAAAACCCAAAGAUACCAAUUACAGAAAAAGACUUUUGGGAAUUAUGUAACAAAUGUAAUAUGAUGAGACCAAAGCGUUCCCACCACUGCAGUAGAUGUGGGCAUUGUGUUAGGAGAAUGGAUCAUCACUGUCCAUGGAUUAAUAAUUGUGUUGGUGAAGAUAAUCAUUGGCUGUUUUUGCAGUUGUGCUUCUACACACAACUCCUGAGUUUUUAUACACUCCUACUUGAUUUCUGCCACUAUUACUACUUUGAACCACUAAGAAAAGUUAAUGCGGAUGUCUUUGUGUUUAGACAUGAGCUUGCCCUAACAAGAAUAUCAACAUUCAUGGGUUUAAUUACGUUAGUUGGAAUUACUGGACUCUUUUAUACCCAGCUAAUUGGUGUAUUUAAUGACAUUACAAGUAUAGAAAAACUGGCCAACUGUUGUGAAGAAAUAUCGAGACCUCGAAAGCCAUGGCAGCAGACCUUCUCAGAAGUUUUUGGCACUCGCUGGAAGAUCCUGUGGUUUAUUCCUUUCAGGCAAAGGCGACCACUGCGCAUUCCCUACCACUUUGCCAAUCACGUCUAAACAGAUGGAUGGUAGGCACAGAUGGGUUCUCCAUGCUGGAUGUGUGUUGCAGGUUUUGUGAUAAUAGAACUAUGGCGCUCCUAAAGUCAAUUAAAAUCUACCCACCAAUCUUAGACGUCACAACGUGCCCCAGGCUUUAUUUUAAUAAUGAAGAUCUUUAUUCUGCUUAGGGAUUAAGGCACACUUCUCUAUUUAUGUUUAAAGUGUACUUACAUUCAGAUUAGCAUUGCAGAGAAAUCACUGCAGGUUCAUAAUAAAAACAAUGAUUGAUGUACAAAUAUUACUUUUCUUUUGAUACUGGAUAAUUGAUUUUGCUAGAAAUGCUGUCAUUUACACAGAUCAACAGGUUUGGAAGGAUCUUGACUUCUUAUUCUUUUUUU